AUGGAAUGCAUGGGAUGCUGUGUGAAUGCUCCAAUGAUUACAGUGGCUGAUUACUCUAAUGGUUCAGAAGGAUAUACUUAUAAUUAUUUUGAAGAUGUAACCCCAGAGAAAGUAGUUGAGAUAGUUGAAAAGCUGAGAAAGGGCGAGAAGAUCGAAGAGAAUAAGGAGAAGAAGAGAGUGGCAAGAUCCUUCAACAUCGACACUGCGAAUACACUCUGCAAUCUAUCUCCGCCACUGUUGCAUCUCGACGAGAACGCUCCGUCAACCUCUGCGAACACCGCGGAUCUCCUCGCCGGACUCCACUCCUCCGGAAUCACCCUUUACGGCCGCCGCCCAUCAGAACGCGACCACCAGCCAGCGCCAAACCCCGAUCUUCCUUGGGAAUUCAACAAUGCCAACAAAGAAAAGGUGAAGGAGAUUUUAUCUCACUAUCCAUCCAACUAUAAGCGAUCUGCUAUCAUCCCUCUGCUGGAUCUUGCACAACAACAGCAUGGAGGCUGGCUUCCUGUUUCUGCAAUGGAUGCGGUGGCUCAGGUUAUAGAGGUUGCUCCUAUUCGGGUAUAUGAGGUUGCCAUAUUUUAUUCAAUGUUCAAUCGAUCUAAGGUUGGCAAACAUCAUCUGUUGGUCUGUGGAACUACACCUUUGGCUGAUUACUCUAAUGGUUCAGAAGGAUAUACUUAUAAUUAUUUUGAAGAUGUAACCCCAGAGAAAGUAGUUGAGAUAGUUGAAAAGCUGAGAAAGGGCGAGAAGGUUCGGUUUGUGGCAAGAAGGUGA